CUGACCUGCACAGCUGGUGGGGUGAUGAAGCUGAAUGAGCGGAGCGUGGCCCACUACGCCACCUGCGACUCGCCUGCCGACCAUGCUGGCUUUCUGCGCAAGCGGGUGGAGCGGCACCACCACCAUGGCACUUCCUACCAGCGCCGCUGGUUCGUCCUCAAGGGCAACCUCCUCUUCUACUUCGAGGAGCGGGAGAGCCGGGAGCCCGUGGGGCUGGUGGUCCUGGAGGGCUGCACUGUGGAGCUGUGCGAGGCCGCUGAGGAGUUCGCCUUUGCCAUCCGCUUCGAUGAUGCCGGUGCCAGGGCUUAUGUGCUGGUGGCCGAUGGGCAGGCUGCCAUGGAGGCCUGGGUGAAGGCACUCUCGCGGGCCAGCUUCGACUACAUGCGGCUGGUGGUAAAGGAGCUGGAGAAGCAGCUGGAGGAGGCCUGCAAGAGCUUGGCUGCUUGCCGUAAGUCUCCACAGAGGUCCUUCUCUUCCUCCUCUGGCAGGAAGAGGCAUCUCUCCAACCCUGCCUUGCAGCCUCUCCAGGAGAAACCCACCACCCUGGAGAAUGGCUACUCCACGUGGAGUAGUGGUGGUUGUGUCGCCGGUGGAGCCACCUGCACUGACCAUGACGGGGGACAAAUGAAACCCCCGCCCCUGCCUCCACGCCGGCGCUCGGCCGCCGGCAGUGCCACAGGAUCCCCAGCACCUGGCCUCUUACCAGCCAUGCUGGAGAGCCCAGUGUCACCAGAAACGAUCUGCUUCUCCAAGCUGCACAGCUGGUACGGGCAGGAGAUCACAGUGCUGAGACGGCAGUGGCAGGAGAGGCAGAAGAGGGGACGCCCGUGACUGGGGGCACAGGACCCAAGUCACUGGCCAGCUGUGCCCAGUAGCCUGUCCUGCAUGCAGGAAGAAUGAAGUGAAGCGAAGGACGCUGCUUGCCCCUGCCGUCAGGAGUGGCUGAGUGUGUGGUGUGUAUAUGCUUCACUUGGUACGGAUUCAAAUCUCCUCUAAACCUCACAUUUAAUUUCCAUGAGGCUUUAUACAGCUGGAGAGUUUGUAACACCAGGGGAGCCAGCUUUAUUUAAACUCUCUGUGCUGGAAAUAGGAGCUGCCCAAAUCAGCACAUAUGCAAUGAACCUCAGCCAACGGGCUUGGCCACUUGCUGUCCUUGAUAUGGUGGAUGCUCCGGGUGUUUGAUCCCCUACCUCUCCUUCACCACAUUUUUUUUGUGUUUUGUUUCUCAGUGUGGGGGUUUGCUUUCGGUCAGUGCUUUUUACUGUCUGUGGUCUUGUACCAAAGGCCUUCUGCCUUUGUUCUUCUGCAGCAGCUAAGGCUGAGCUCUUAUGAAGUGCCUCUGACAGGCCACUGGCCCUGGCAUGUGCCUCCAGCCUUGUCCCUCUCUCACUACAGGACGUGUAAGCCACUGCAGCUGUUGCUGGCCCAGCAGCUGGGGCCUUUGCAUUGUUCUUUUACUUUCAUCUGCACUAACCCUUCUUUCAGUUAAAUCCUUCAGGAUGUGGAUAUGGUCUUGCAACUCUCUCUUUGUGUGCUCAUACUCAGCAGCAAGCCUGAAAUGGAGACAGGGAGCUUGACUUGAAGCCACAGAGAGGACACCAGGAGCUCCCCAGGGCUGAUCUGAACUCUGUCAAGUGGUAACCAAGCCUGAUAACAUCUCUGGCUCAAGGUUUCCCUGUUUCUAAACAGGAAUGCUUAAGCCUCUUUGCCUGGGUAGGAGUAAAUUUUUCAGCCUUUGCUUAGACCACAGCCCCAGUAAAGUGCCAUAUAGGGCUCAACCUGCUCAUCGGGCUGCUUACCCAAGAGGGUGUCCAGAGCCACACUCCUGCAGGGCCUCUCUCAGUGUUGUGACUCUGCCCAGCUCCUGGAAGUGCUGCACAUUUGGAGGAGAGGCUUUGAAGGAGUGGGGAGGGAGAGAGGGCUGGUCUUAGGAGGAAAAGUGAAGGUGUGGGAGUGAGUUAUGGGUGUUGGCAGUGUCUGGGCUUGCCUCUCCAGUGUCAAAGCAUUCUGCCUGCACCUGGCCUGCUGACACUUCCCUCUCAUUUCAUGUCAGCAUUGCUUGGCUGUUCUCUGCAGCACAUCCCAUCCUCCCAGCAGGCUGGGAGGGCUGCAGGGAUGGCACAUCUGCCACCUCACUAUGGAAAGAGACUUGUCCAUCAGUAGGUCAGAAACCUUGGCCACAAGGCACACGGUACAAGCAGGAGGGUGCCAGGUCCAGGGACUUGAACUUCCUUGGGAUGCAGUUUAAAAAUCUCCCUUAUCUAGUUGCAUGCUUCCCAUCUAAAAACAUUAAAUCUGUUUUAUUGUCCUGUUUAUUAAGGAGCUUUGCUAGGAAAGCAAAAACCCAUUUCAGGUCAUGACAGGCUGGAACCUUUCUGGACUUAAACAUACUUGGCUUCCUACUUUGCAAUAGCCUGUAGAGAUAGCCGGUGCAGAAAUCAGAUUCCUGUGAACUCUUGGUGCCUUUUAAUAUAUGUCUCUGGUAGUUUAGGAUGAUGACCUUCCAGCUUCCUGCCUAAUUAUGGCUUGAUGGUUUAUAAGAGGAAAACAGAUCUUAAAUUAGAUCUUACAAAUUACUUUGGUCAGUGAGAGUGUAACCUUCACUUGAGAGUAAUGCAAUCCAGUCUUCUCCAGUUCAUGGUUCUAUUACUUCACAGUAAGGGUCUUCAAGUUUGUGAAGAUUAUUUUUGUUCUGCUUUUGUGAAAACAGUUGAGAAAAUUCAGGAACAGUUGACCAUGGGGCAAGGCCCUGGCUUCACCAGCAGCUCAGCUGUUUGGACAUAGGGGCCGUUUCUGCCUCCCUACCCUGCUGCUUGAAGAGUUCAGUAUUGCAGCAUUCCUGGCUGUAAAUGUGUCCCCUUUCCCAUGCCAGGGCAGCAGCAUCAGAGGAUUGCACUACCUGGUGCCUCCGUGGUCUGAGCAUGAGUAUUUUGGGACCAAGGUCAAAUUUGUUGAGCAUUUUCCUGUGUUUUUGUUUUUGGGGGUUUUUUUAAUGUAAUACAGAGAGACUAUUCCUGAUGUCUCAGAUUAACAUAAGGCAGAUUGACAGUAAAAAUUUAACUUCCAAAACAAAUCAAAAUGUAGUGGCAGUUCCUACAUGAGGCCCAAGAAUUGGGAGUGACUUGAAGGGAAAAUAAAUUAACAAAGCCAGUUCUGUCAGAACUGAAACUGAGGCAGUAUUAUUCAUUUAAGGGCAGUUUCACUUUUAAGAAGAUUAGUUUGUUUUAAUAAGACAGGAUUGUGCUCAUAACACUACUAAAGAGCUUACAUUUAAUGCUUUAAUCUCUCCCAUUCAAAGGGCACAAUUUCCACGCUACCUACCUUUGCAUUAGCACAUAUCCCAACUAAAUCCCCAAUCCUGCAAAUGAGGCACUGUGCUCCACUUUCCGUCUGAUCACGUUUGGAGUAAUUUGGUGUUUUAUUCUGCAGUGCCGAUAAGAAAAUGGCUGAGUCCUGAUCCACAUUUAUGCUCAGCCUAGCCAUUCGUGCCUGGGCCUUUGCAAGGUAUCCAAAGCACUGCCUGACUUUGGAUGCACUUGAUCAGGGUUUUCUCACCAUCUCACUGCUGUAGUAGGGUUGUCCCUUUUCUGAGUGAAAACUGCCAUAAUUGGAGCCAUGCCCAAAUCUGUGUGGGAGUACAGGUUUCUUAAUGACCACUGCUUCAUUAGGCAGGAAGCAACUGAGUGCUGCACUGCCUCCUCGGGGAUGGAGGCUAUGGAGCCAGCCCAGAUGAAUUGGUUGUGCUGGCAGUGCCUUUGAAGCAGCCCCCAGGCAGGAGAUUGGGAUUUCAGCUUCCUGAGGUUGAACAUUCAUCUGGCUAAUGGAGCAGCAUGUCUUUCUGCAGGCAGAGAUUGUGACAGGAAGGGCAGAGUUUUCACUGCACAUGGUCCCUGGCAGCAAAAUAAGACUGAUUGGCACCCAGGGUUUUUCUCCAGUUGUUCAGGUUUGGGCUGUUUCACCUCCUGCAUCCACUUCCCCUUUUUAUUUUUAAAAACAGAAAAUGUCUAUCUAAACAGGUUCCUUGGCAAAGGGGGAGCUAAACACUGAAGCUGAAUGGGUACUCUUCUUAAAGUACUGAAGUAAGAUCCUUUUCUAAGAGUUUUCUUUAGUGAACAAGAAAUGAGAGAAAAGUGCUAAAAUUUAAAUUGAACAAGAAGGGCAAUUCUGACAUUGCCUUUGUAAGCUGUGCUGAGAAGGGCUCUCAAUCCUGGUAAAUAGUUGAUUAAAUCCUUACAUUUUUCUGAGGCUGGCCCUGUGAUAUAUAAUUUCUGCAUUUUUAAAAAAUUGUGCUGUUUUCCACUGAGUCCAGGUGAAGAGCAACCUGAAGCUUUUACCUGUGGCCACUCAUUAGCCAUGUGGUGGACAAUCAUGACCAAGAUUAGACAUUUUGUGUUACAGCAGCUACUGCAUUAAUAGUGCCUGGGGGAGCCACUCCUCAAUGUUACCUCUCUCGGCUGCCUUUGCAGAGAAGCUGAAAAAAAAAAAACAAAAACAACACUGAUAUGCAGGGGGGGCAUCUUUCACCAGCAGCACCAAAAUCGUGUUCUCUCCGCACAAUUACCUGGAAAACACUACGAGCAACUCUUGCCUUUCCAAGUGCUUCUAUUUUAGGUAGGACGUGUUGCUGUUCUUAGGAGGCGGUUUUGCAUGCGCCUUUGUUUUACACGCGGAAUUUAUAUUAUACCUUUCAUUAUAUUGUUUAGAGUUUGUGUUACGCGCGGAACUUGUAUUACGCAUCUCAUUACAUUGUUUAGAGUUUGUAUUUUGUGCAGCGAAGCCGAAUAAACCGGUUUGAUUUGUA